CUCUCUGGGUUUCAGUCAUCUGAGCGCCAAUGGCUCUGGACUCUCACAUUGAGAAGGUCCUAUGGACGGCCGGCGAAAUCUCCGACCGCGUCGCCGAGCUAGCCGCGGAGAUCACCUCCGACUGUUCCCCCAAUUCUCCGGCCCCGGCCCUCGUCGGAGUCGCCACGGGAGCUUUCGUCUUCCUGGCCGACCUAGUCAGGCAAAUCAAGCUGCCGAUUUCAGUGGAUUUCAUCCGCGCCGAUUCCUACGGCGCCGGAACAGAAUCCACCGGCGCUCCACGGCUCUCCCUCGACCUGAAGCUGGACGUCACGGGUAAACACGUCAUUCUGGUGGAGGACAUUGUGGAUACGGGGAGCACAGUGGCGAGUCUGAUUGCCCACUUGGAGAAGAAGGGUGCGUCGUCGGUGUCGGUUUGUGCUUUUCUGGAUAAGCCGGCGAGACGGAAAGUUGAGUUUCGGGUUGUGGGUAGUGGAAAUUACUACAGAGGAUUCGAGUGUCCAGAUUACUUUGUGGUGGGAUAUGGAAUGGACUUUGCUGAAGCAUACAGGAACUUGCCCUAUGUUGGUGUCUUGAAGCCCGAGUUCUACAGUUAGCGAAAGACUCAAAUCAGUUAAACAAUUGCGAGCCCGGUACCAAGUAUCAGAACCAUUCUCUGGUUCUUCAAAA